GAGACGAACCCGCGGUAGGGAGGGAGUUUGUUGCGCCUGCUCCAGAACUGCCCACAUCCCCCCCUCCCCCACGAUCUCUGCUUUCCAACAAGCCUAAACUGCUCUGGGAUUAAGAUGGGCAAGGCAUAAUGAGCAGCUAUCACCUACGGGAUCAGCAGGAGGCCCCACAGGCGGCUGCUCCUGGGCGCCCACAGCGGAACUCUCUGUGAGGGGUGCCAGCCAGCCUCCUGCCACCUAAUGACGUAGUCCACCAAGCCAACAAAUAUUUUUUAAUGAGCAAUGUGCCAAUAACUACGUCUAGGACAAGAGUCUAUGGAAAGUUGUUGGUGGAGGUGGAGCGGAAGUGUGUGGAGAAGGUAAUAGUUGUGUGCACCCGCCCAAACAUUACAGACGACUGGUGUUGUGAUCUGGGAACCCAUGAAGUUAUCGUAAAGACGGGAGUUUAUACAGUGUUCCAGGACAUAUCAUGCUAGUGUACAUACCGGUGCCCGUGUCUCUGGCCAUGUCAAGUAUGAACAGUGGAGGAGGACACCACCAGUUUCAGCAGCAGCAGCAACACCAGCAGCAGCAUCAACAUCAGCAGCAUCAACAUCAGCAGCAUCAACAGCACCAACCACAACACCAACAGCAGCAACAGGCCGUCCAUAUCCAUACCCAUGCCCGUGGCGCAUCUUCCAUGAUGUGUGCAGCCCCAACACAACCCCAUCACACACACCAUCUCAGUGGUAGCCAUGUUCAGUCCCCAUCUCACCAGAUUGGUGGAGCCACCGGGGGUAGUUAUAGCAACAUUCCUCGCCUCCACCACUGCAAUGUUCACUCCUUCCUUUGUUCUAACCCACCUCUCCAUCAUCAGUACCAGGUAAGUUAGUUUCAUACUCUUUCCU